AUGCUUUUAUAAAAACAAAAUGUUAUUUAAUAUUUAAAUCCUUACGAAAAGGCUUAAUUAAUAGAAAGAAAUAAAUAAAAAAAUAUUGAAGACUUAAAAAUCAAAGUUAAUUAAUAAAUAUAUGAAAAAGAAGCUGCAAAAUGGGAAAACAAAGGGAUUAAAAUAAAUUAAUAAAAAUAUAUAAAAAGCAGACUAGAAGAACUUAGAGAUAAAUCCUAAAAAUUUUUAAGUUUUAGAAGACUUAAAUUAAGUAUGAAACUAAAAGAAGAACAUGAAAAUUAUAAAAAUAUGAUAAUAUAAGCUAUUGAUAAUAAUCAUAACAUAAAAAAAAGUAUGUUUGAGAAAGUAGCAUUAUUAAAACAUGAAAAAGAAAUGGAAAGAAGUAAAUUUGUAUAAGAAAAAAAAGAAUAAUAAUUUAUUAGAAAUACAGAUGAAUUAAGAUAAAUUGAAAGUAAAAUUAAAGAAAUAUAAACUUAUUAAGAAUAGAAUAUUUAAAUGUUGGAAAAAUAAAAUUUAAUGGAAUAAAAAUAUUAAGAGGAAAUGAUUUUUGCUGAAUUAAAUAAAAUUGAGUUGAGGAAAAAAGAAAAAGAUCAAAAAAAGAGUUAUUAAGAUAAUAAACUCUAAAUUAAGAAAGAAAGAAAAAAAUAAAUAGAAGAAAAAGUAUUAAUUUAAAAAGAAAAUGAAAGCUUAAAUAAUGAAUGGAAUAUUUAAAAAGAAAAAGAUUAAUAAUUAAAAUAAUAAAAAAACGAAUUUAAUAAAUAACUUAAUUAAUCAAUUAAAUUUAAUAAUGAGGAAAUUCAAUUAAGAAAAUAAUAUGAAAAAACUACUGAAAAAAGUAAAAUAAAGAAUUUUUAGAUUAAAUUGUUCGAAAGGAAUAAAUGA